AUGACUGGUAGAAAUGAUCAUGCGAUUGUUGAUGCUCCUCAAGCAUUAGCACAAGAUAUGAAUAAUAACAAUAGGGUUGAGGUCCCUCCUAACUGGUUGGAGCAAUUUCAACGAAAUCACCCACCUACCUUUAAAGGAGGAUAUGACCCGGAUGCUGCUAUGAAUUGGCUAACUGAGAUCGAGAAAAUCUUCAACGUUAUGGAUUGUCCCCUCACUCAGAAGGUGAAGUUGGCCACCUUCAUGUUGACUGUUGAUGCUCACUUUUGGUGGGAAGGAGCACUUCGGAGGAUGAUUGAUGGAGGGGUGCACUUGAAUUGGGACAGCUUCAAGAAGGCUUUUCUUGAGAAAUAUUUCCCAGAUGAUGUGAGGAGUCGAAAAGAAAUGGAAUUCCUUGAGCUGAAUCAAGGGAACGACACGUUGGCAGAUUAUGCUGCCAAAUUUGAUGCUUUGGUUCGUUAUUGUACACACUACCAUGGUGAGGGUGGUGAAAGGGAUAAAUGCAUAAAAUUUGUAAAUGGUCUGAGUCCUGAGGGUAGGAAUAAGCCUUACUCCGCUCCUACUAGAUUUCAAGGGAGUAAAGCUGCUGCUAAUAAAAGAAAGUCAUUUACUAGAGGAUCCACUGCUAGUGUUACUGGAAGUGUUGGAGGGUCUGUGUCCACUCCUUCAAGAAGAUGUGGAAAGUGUGGACGUAUUGGUCAUAAUCAGUCUGAGUGUAGUGACAAGGAGGUUACUUGCUUCAAUUGCAGGUGA